GUUCAAAGUAACGUUACUGGAGAGAACAGAAAGCAUGGCCGCUUACAGAGAGUGCCAAAUCUUUGAGCCUUUCGGCGAUUUGGAUGAAGGUCAAUGAUUUUUGAUCUGAUGAUUUUUGUCGUACUAUGGUGUUCUUUAUAAUUUUGUAAUAAAAUGUUUUUGAAAGUGUUUAAAUAAAUUGUUGAUUCUCAGCUAGGGCUAUUGCCAGUAGGUUUGUUAUUACAGAAGAUGCUUCACUUUUACAGUUUAUGCACAGACAGAUUCUUGAUUUUUUUUUAGCUUUCAGUGAAGUUUAUAAAAUGCACAGUUCUCUAAGUAAAAAGCAGACAUUUUUUAUGUUUUGUAAAUUAUAUUCAUUCAGUUUUGUAACUUUGCAGAAUUAACAAAUCACACUGUAAACUGCAGUAGAAAUAAACGGAUUUCUAUUAAUGACUAAUGGCUUGUUAUUAAGUGUCCUCGAGAACAUGAUGUAACUCUGUGCUUGUGCACCUGUCAUAGUCUGUCACUUAUAUUCAGCAUGUCUACAAGUUUUUUUAUUUAUUGAUUUUGCGACUGUGCCAUUAUAUCCGUUUUGGCCGAGUGGCCACUGCUAGUAUUUUGCUUUUAAAUAUGUAUAACAUCUGUUACGUGCGUAGUAAGUGUAAGUGGAUAUUUCAGGUCAAAUAGAUUGUAGCAUUCAUCAUUAUCAUUUACUAAUAAUUAUCAUUGAAUAAUUACUUACAUUUACGCAUUUGGUAGACUCUUUUAUCCAAAGUGCAUUACAAGGUAUACAUGUUUAUCGGCAUGUGUGUUUCAAGGGACCUUUUGCACAGCUAAUGCAAUGAUCUACCACUGUGCUACAGAAAUGCUCCUGUGUGGAUGAAUCAGUUAAUCUAUUAAUUUUUAUUGUAACCUGUAAUCUGUUUUUCUCUGCAAACUGUUAUAAGUUGUGUUCAGAGCUGAUACUAAAACCAGUAAAGGUUUCCACACUAUUCAGGUCCCUCAUCCUCGGGCAGGUCACAGUCACACUGGAUGCAUUAGGUGUGGUUUUGCGCAAAUGGCCUCGUGGGCUCUAUUCAGUGGGAGGUGGUUGUUUGGCUCGGGAUCCCCACUGCAAUAUCCAGCAGGCUUCAUGUGUCAAACGCUUUGAGGGUCCCGUGGGGCAACCCUGGCGCAGUUGCACCGCUAGACGGCGCAAGCGCGCAAAUCCUAAAGCGCAGCAUUGGCGCAGUCUUUCAUCCAGUCUUCAUUCACGGUGCUGCAUUACAUUCUAUAGCAAUAUCAAGAAAACCCUGCCGGCUGCUUCUUUAAUACAGAAAACUGCAGUAAUGGCAGCUACAACAGAGUCAUACAAAAAUUUGGACCAGAGUGCCUUUAACUAUGAUUAUGAGACCUUGAGGACCACGGGUGUCAUCUUGGCUGUGGUUAUGUUUGUGGCUGGGAUUCUUAUUGCUCUGAAUCAAGUCCAGAUGAAGGCCCUCAGCCACAAAAGACAGAAAUUCCCCCUCAGACUGUGUGAAGAAGAUACAUAUGUGCGAUUUGUUGGCCCAUUUCACAGAGGAAAUGCUCAGACAACGGUUACUUACAGGAAUGUGGAGGAAAGUAGAACAUACUUGACCUCUUUUUGUAACCUCAGCUUGAAUGGUGAUCUAUUGCUGUAUUUUUAGGUCUUUCUAACACUUGUUCUACAUUUUCUCUAUGUUUCUUUCCAUUAUUUAUUAUAACUGAAUGACAUGAAC